GCUGCCGCUUGUGUCACUUUGUCUCUUUUCCCACUCAAUCUCACCCUUCUUUCCAGCAGGAGCAGCUUGGUGGCAGCCGACGCGUGCUGACUCGCGCCAAAUAAACCUUGAAGGCUUUCUUUGUCAGACAAAAGCAAAUAAAAGUCGAUUCCUCGCUUCCUUUCCCGGAAACGCCAGACUCGAUCCAGCGGGCGCCCAACCAGGUUUCUGCGACAGUCACCUCCCACAGAGCCUCCUCCGCUCGACGCCAGAUCCAGUUAAGGCCAUCGGCACCACACUCAAAACAGUAUCUCCACCAACUUACCUUUUUAAGCUUUUGGUGAUACCAUUCAAGACAACAUGGCCGACAUCACAGACCAACACGACCAGACCUCGCCCACUGAGCUCGACGACCACGCCGGGAACGGCACACCUGGCGACGUCUCCCGCGGCGUCAAGCGGGCACGUCCUUCCGCCGGCAGCGACGAUGACGACGAUGAGAAGGGCGGUCGUGAGCGCCGCAAGAUCGAGAUCAAGUUCAUCGCUGACAAGUCGCGUCGCCACAUCACCUUCUCGAAGCGCAAGGCUGGUAUCAUGAAGAAGGCCUACGAGUUGUCCGUCCUCACCGGUACACAGGUGCUACUGCUCGUCGUCUCGGAGACAGGGCUGGUCUAUACCUUCACGACGCCGAAGCUGCAACCCCUCGUCACCAAGGCAGAGGGCAAGAAUCUUAUCCAGGCCUGCCUAAAUGCACCCGAGCCCAAUCAGGGCAACGACAACGGCGUCGACGAGGGCGCCCAGGUUGAGUCCCCCGAGGAGCCUCCCAACAGCCACAUGCAGCAGCAACCAGGUCGAGGCAUGCCGCCAAAUCCCCACAUGCCGCCUGGCUAUAUGCCCAACGUCGGACCUAUCGAUCCAUCGUCGGCGCUGGCGUACUCCAGCUACGUGCAGCGUGGCGGGCAGUACGGUAUGCCACCCUCUGGCAUGCCGCAGCAUGCCCAACACCAGUCAUAA